AUGAUCUUUUCCAUCGCAACACGGCGAUCAGUCGCGACCCGGGUGCAGCUCAAGGCCUCCACCAGUUGGACUACCUAUGCGACCGUGGCCGGUGCCGCCAGUAUUGCCGCGGCGUGGUGGAUUCUGAGCAACAACGAGCCGAGCAAGACGCUCAGCGCACCGGACCUCGAUUCCGAUCCUGCUCAUGUCGGCACGCUGCGAGGACCGUCGCCCGAGGAAGUGACGGGCAUCUUGCACCAAGGCGCUUUCACCGUCCGCGUUGGUGCGGCCGUGCCGGGCGUGACACGCUACGACGGCAUCCAGCUGGCAUCCAACAGCCAAAGCGAGGAUUUUUACACACAUGGCACAUUCUCGCUGCCGCGGUCACAGACAAAGGGCCGCUGGGCGGCAUGGGCCGUGUUUGACGGCCACGCGGGCUGGCAGACGGCAGAGCUGCUCAGCCGGGCACUUGUACCGGCCGUGCGCGACAGCCUCAACGACGCAGCAGCCGCUCAAUCACGCACGUCCGUCUUUACGAACCAGGUUGUAGUGCAGCAGGCCAUCACCAAAGCUUUUGUCGACCUCGACAACCGCAUCAUCAAGACCGCCGCUGAGAUUGCCCAACUGCCCGACGACAGCAUCCAUGCCAGCCGGUCGCUGCGCUUUGCCGACAAGAUCCAGACCCUGAUGCCGGCGUGGGCGGGCUCGUGUGCCCUGCUGUCCCUGUACGACCCCGCAACGCGCAACCUACACGUAGCCUGCACCGGCGACUCGCGAGCUGUCCUCGGCCACCUGCAGGCGAGCAAAGACAAUGGAAAGGACAGGUGGGAGGCCGUUCCGCUGUCCGUGGACCAAGCCGGCACCAACCCGGACGAGGUCGCGCGUUUGAAUGCGGAGCAUCCCGGCGAGGAAGACACCCUGGUCAAGGACGGCCGCGUGCUCGGCAUCAUGGUCUCGCGCGCGUUUGGCGACUGCCGCUGGAAGUGGCCGGUGGCCCUGCAGGCAUCGCUGUACCAGCGGUACAUGGGCGCUGCGCCGCUGCGGCCGCCCAAGUACCAGGUCAAGACGCCGCCGUACCUGACGGCCGAGCCGGUGGUGACCACGACACGACUCGAGGCGGACGCGCCCUAUUUCAUGAUUCUGGCCUCGGACGGCCUGUGGGACCGACUGUCCAGCCAGCAGGCAGUUGACCUCGUCGCUGCGUGGCUUGCGGGGCCCGGUCCGGCCACAACACCGUCUAAGCGACCGGUGCGGCUCGGCCGGGCGUUUCACGCCAGCUACACGACGACCCGCGAUGGCAAUGCAGCCGUGCAUCUUGUGCGGAAUGCGCUCGGCGGCCGCGACGAGGCAUCCCUGGCGGCGCGCCUGGCAUACGGCCCGCCGUUCUCGCGCGUGGUCCGCGACGACAUUACGGUGCAGGUGGUGUUUUUCAACAUGGAUGGAAAAUCGCUCCCGAACGCAUGA